AUGGAGAGCCAAGUUGCCCAGGAUGUGUCUCGAAGUCAAGUCUCGGCAGAGCCUACAAAUGACCCUAUCCACCGAUCAUCGACCAUGAGAACCAUCAGCACGCUGCAUCAUAACGAAUUCGACGAUCGUUUCUUGUCUAGGGUUCGAUCUUUUUUCAACCGUGACACUCAUAUCGGACAUGUUAGUCGCCAUCCUCUCAGAGACGAAAAGGAUAUUGAGAUCCAUACGUGGGCAGGUCCCGAUGACCCUGAUAAUCCAUUUAACUGGAGCAAGACCUACAAAUGGGUUCUCACACUCACCAUUUGUUUUAUAUCCAUUCUGACUGGAUUACCGGCGGGGUCCUACGGUGCUGGGAACACAUGGAUGGAACAGCGUUUCCAUGUCCAAAAUGAACCCUUCCCCAACCUGGCUUGGGCAACGACAUCCUGGAAUAUGGGAGCCGCCUUUUGGCCACUCAUUUUCGUGCCACUCACCGAGUCGUCUGGGCGAAUGCCAGGCUAUUUUGUGUCCUAUUUUAUCCUGGUCGUCUCGCUAUUCCCGUCAGCAUUUGCACAGAAUUUCGCUACCUUGGUGGUGACUCGCUUUUUUGGAGGAGGGGCAUCCUCUGUCUCGAUCAAUAUUGUCGGGGGCAGUAUUAGUGAUGUGUGGUACGGUGACAAGGCUCGUAGCCUACCUAUGUCGCUGUUCGGGUUCACUAGUGUAGUUGGCAUUGCUCUGGGCCCAUUUAUUGGAUCUGCGAUUCAGACGAUCCACAAAAGCAGUCCAUGGAGAUGGAUUUUCUAUAUUCAGAUAAUUUACAAUGCCGCGCUCAUUCCAGUGUUUUGGUUGAUACUGCGCGAAACACGGGGCGAUGUUAUUCUAAAAAAGCGCGCCAAAAGGCUACGUCGCGAAACCGGCCGUCCUAUCUAUGCCGAGAGCGAGCUGAACACAACGAGCGUGUGGAAGCUGCUCCAGAUUUCUUUCGAGCGCCCUACUCGAAUGCUUCUAACUGAGCCAGUUGUUACGUUUUUCACUUUGUGGGUCAGCUUUGCUUGGGGAAUUCUCUUCCUUUUCUUCUCUAGUGUCGGACAGACAUUCAGCCAUAACUAUGGAUGGGGAACAUUCACCACCGGCAUGGUUCAACUUGCGAUUUCAGUUGGUGCAGUCCUUGGUACUGUGAUCAAUCCACUUCAAGACUGGAUCUAUUUACGCUCCGCCCGCAAUAACCGAGAAAGUCCGGGUCACCCUAUCCCUGAAGCUCGGCUAUAUACUUCCAUUCCUGGCAGUCUACUCUUUGCUGGAGGUCUCUUCUGGUAUGGAUGGGGGAGCGUGGGCGACGGAUCCAUUCACUGGAUCGUCCCUACCUUGGGAAUUGGUUGUACUGGCGUGGGGAUUUAUUCUAUCUAUAUGGCUGUCGUGAAUUAUCUGACGGAUGCCUACGAGAAAUACGCAGCAUCGGCACUAUCAGCCGCAUCGCUAGGUCGAAAUACGUUUGGUGCGUUUCUGCCGUUGGCCUCAUUUGAGCUAUUCGAUACGCUGGGCUACGGAUGGGCUGGAUCAUUACUUGGUUUUGUGGGAGUCGCCCUUUCAGUUGUGCCAGUUGUUUUGGUCCUCAAGGGGCCCGAAAUUCGUCGACGUAGCCCAUUCAUGCGCGAGUCUAUGUUUGAAUCGCAGGAUAGGACAUUACAGGACAAUCAGGCUGACAAGACUGUGGUGUGA